UUAAAGCUCAUCCGUGCUAGGUGUGGACACUGCAAGAAGCUCGCGCCAAUAUGGGCACAGCUUGCACACGAGAUGCGCGGCAAGGUGGAUGUUGCCGAGGUUGACUGCGAAGCGCACGGCGCCCUAUGCCGGUCACAGGGCAUUACAGGUUAUCCUAUGCUGUUCUAUUAUGGAGCAAACGGAGGCAGCAAGACUGAAUAUACUGGGGGGCGUAAGCUGGAACAGCUGAAAGCCUUUGCGGAGAAGGUCUCUGGCCCGUGAGUAUAGUCUGUUGACAUUGGUACCUGCCUAUCUACGACUAAGCAAUCACUCUCAGGGCUGUCUCAGAGCUUGUCCCGGAGAACCUUGGACAGGAAGCCGCAGCUCACCCCGUGCUCUACCUUCUACUCUACCCAUCGUCAGAUAGUACAUCAGCGGUAGGACGCCGUUUUUGAAU